AUGGUUCAGUCCGUGUAAACUCUCCCCUCUCCCUGCUGCGGUUCUUGGUUCGGUCGAUUUGAGCGCGAAACCUCUCCAACAAACAUGGCGCCCAAAGCAGGCCGCAGAGGGACGAAGCGCAAAGCGGAGGAAGUUCAGACAUUUACGGAGGAGAAGAAGGAGAAAGGAGAGGAGGAGGGCGGCCAAAAUGGCCUCAAAGUGCUCAUUGAACACUGCAAAAGCUGACGAGUGUAUGGGCGUAACGCCGAGGAGGUGAAAUCUGCCCUUCUGGCUGCCCGCCCCGGGCUGGCGGUGGUCCUCAACCCUGAGAAGCCCCGCAGGAACAGCUUUGAGAUCACGCUGCUGGACGGAGGCAAAGAAACAUCUCUUUGGACGGGAAUAAAGAAGGGUCCACCUCGUAAGCUGAAGUUUCCCCAGCCAGACAGUGUUGUUGCUGCUCUGCAGGAAGCUCUUAAGACUGAAUAAACACCAAGUGAAGCUGAGCAUCUUGGAGAUCUGACUGGUGGAAGCAGAAUGAUGAGGGGUGACCAAUGAGAUGUUCUCAGUCUCUCCUCUGAUGAGCCCAGCUCCAUCUGAAGUCUCCUGGACGCACGGCGACACCUAGUGGAUCAUCUGAGCAAAUGCAACUUUAUGUUUUGCAAAGUUUGUCUACAUCCCAGUUCUGAAAACUUUUGUUGUUUUUUUAACCUAAAUAAAGUAAUUUUAUUGA